AUGGCUAUUGCAGGGCUGCAUGCCAGAUCAAGAAAUCUGCCAUCUUUGGACCGCGAGAUCUUCCGCUUGCGACUUCGGGCGUUGAGAAGCUGCCAUCAGAUCUCCGGCAGGACGUGGAGCUCUGAUACCUCAGGAUCGAGAUUGGAGUCCAACACUCUCUCAAAUGCUAGCUUCUGGUUCCGGCUGACGAAUGUCGAAUCCGAUAAUUUAUGUCUUGUUACCACCGCAGCCUUAAUGGCCGUCUUUGGAAAGCUCUCCGGCGAAGUCUACGACAACAUCCGACCGUAUCUGGACUUUGCUCAGGACUUUUUGCGAUAUGAAGGCAUCACUCCAGUUACUGCUCAGCUCAGGAAAACGCCACUUUACCUGUUUCUUUACAACCUUGUUUCUUACAAUCAACUUCUGGCGCUGGUGGCUGACGCAAGAUUGUCCCCAAAGUCCGGCGGGAGCUCCAAGGAAACCCUAUUCGCGAAUAUGUCAGAACAGACGAGGCCCAACUUUGCAGCUUUACUGAGUCGCAUCAGUGAGAACGCUCAAGACGUUUCCUCAUUCGAUAUUGAUAGUUGGGACGGAAACUUGGACUUCCUCCCAAGUUAUACCACGAAAAAGAAGGUGGCAGAGCUCUCGGGAAACGCUGACACUUGCUUCCUACAAGGGUCUCUAUCCUCCACGGCUGGCCCGUCAAACCGUGACAAUGGGGAUGAAGAAUUCAUUAUCGGAGAGAUCUACCGGACUUCAGGCCGAGUCCACUUCUUCAAGCAGCUCAGAGACCGCGAUGAGCUAUCGUAUACUACGACGACGCUGGCGUUUCCGCCAUUUAUGGCCCAGAGACAGAUCAAAAGAUUCUCAAAACUAGGCAUGAGCCUUCUCCGUCUCCUUUCCGACAACUCGCAAUUCAACACUGCCAUACUGCUUCCUCUUGGAAUCAUUGCUCCCGAACUUACUUCUAAGCGAGAUCAGAAUUUCGUCAUAGAAAAGUUGAAAAUGCUGGAAAGGACCCAAUGCUUUGAUGUCUUUCGGGUAUUCAGCCAGGAUCUUCAAAGCGGAUGGGCUUGCGCCCGUGCUUCUCAGUCGGUUUAUCUGUCAGCCAGCGUUCCUAAGAAACCCGUAAGAUUAAUCGGUUGA